AUGGCCCCCAUCUCCCUCUCCAUCCGCAAAGCCACACCCAACGACCUCACCCCCAUCCUCACCCUCGUCCGCUCCGCCUACCGCGGCGAAUCCAGCCUCCGCGGCUGGACAUCCGAAGCCACCAUCGUCGACGACCAACGCAUCGACGAAAAGGGCCUCCUCGCCAAAAUCAACGAGCCCAACGGCGCUGUUCUCGUCGCUUACGACAACAGUGAAAACAAACCCGACGACAUCGUCGCCUGCUGCGAACUCCUCAAGCAGAGCGACACGCUCGGCUACUUUGGCCUCUUUGCGGUAAAUCCGCUGCGGCAGGCGGGCGGCAUUGGAAAGUUUGUGCUGGCUGCUGCGGAGGAGUAUGCCAGGAGCACAUGGGGGCUGAGAGAGCUCGAGAUGAGCGUCAUCUGGACGAGGGCUGAGCUGAUUGCGUGGUAUGUGAGAAGAGGGUAUACGGUGACGGAGAAGAGGAAGCCGUUUCCGUAUGCGGAGCUUGUUGGCGGCAAGGCAUUGCGGGAUGAUUUGUAUUUUGUGGUCUUGAUCAAGGCGCUAUGA